GAAUAUGCUGACGAGGUGCUGCGAUAGAAUUUUCUACGUUUAUAGAUAGCGUCCCUCAUAUGGAACACCAUUAUCAAAUGAUCCAAAACGCUCCUAAUAUAAACAUAACUGUAAGACAUAACUUUCCAACUGACAUAAUGGGACACAGCGGAUGGUUACUGAUGUCUACCUUAGCUGUGUUGUUAGUGUUAGUAAAUACAAGCCAAUUGGGUUGUAUAGUAUUAGACCUUAGUAAGGUUGAUUUUGAUCCACCAAUAAAAGUUGUGCAUGGAACUUUUAGAAAUGGUGGCAUUUAUACAUUCCUUGAUACAGAAUCUGUACAUCCACAAGCCAUUGUCUUUGGAAAACACUUGGUCGACAUACCGUCAAACCAAGCAACUCGCCCAGGGCAUAUGAAAAUACAUAUUUAUAUGAAAUAUGGCAAGCCAAUGAUCGGUAUUACAUAUAUGUAUACUCGCAGUAAAGUGAAAUGGAGAACCAAGUUUCUAGUUUUUUCCGAAGGGGAAUAUAAAUUAGCGCCGAUGCAGUACAAGUUCUUAUUUGUCAAUGGUCCCAUAUCAGUGCCUUACGACUUUGAUGAUAUGGAAUGUCAUCCAUUUAUCAAAAAAAGUCGCAUACGUCCAUACGCUAAUGGUACUAUGUUAUCUAGCAGUAAAUACAGGUAUGUAAAAAAACGCCUAGUUAUUCACCGUCUACCGACAUUGCUUAACGAUGAAAUAAUAAUCUCACCCUUUACAUGGAUAAAUAAAUCUUUUAACUCCAUAGGUAAAAAGGUAUCUAUAUCGUCUCAUAGUCAAAAGAUCUUUGUUCCUGAAUCCGGUGGCUAUAUAUAUCUAUAUUUCGGCUAUCAAGGACGAAGCAGACAUACCGUGAAUAUACCACCAAUUGUUGAUGGGAUAUUUAAUCGGAGGAGUAUUAUGGGUUACACAUACAAGUUUAGUACACUUGGUGAUAAAUCACCAGGCUCCUUUUUAUUGAAAAUAGUUAUUGAUAUUUCAAAAACCACCCAUGAUCUCUCUGAGGUUGUAAUAUUGUACAACUUAGCAAUGGGUGAUUGGAUUUACACCCAGUACGUUUUAAUUGAGAAACUUUAUUCUAUACAUUUAACUGUAAGAGUUGUAAACAGUGCCUUGAAUUGUACAAUAUACGAAACUGGUGAGAAUGAGUUCAUUUCCCAUGUUGAAACCUUCAUAAAUCGAAAACAAGGGUGUCAGUUUAUAGUGGUCAACUUAUUGAAGAUUCAGAAACGUGGAGAAAAUUUUUCAAUAAACUAUGGAAUUUCCAAGAUUUUUAACGUUAUAUACCAUGAAAAUGAUAUAAUUUAUUAUGAUCUAUCUAAAUAUUGGAUCGAUCCUUACAUGGAGAUGCUAAAUAACAUCGCAAUUGCUCCAAAAUUUGCAAAACCAGAUGAUAUCGGCAUACUUAUGAAUAGAUUGAUGCGUAACACUUGAACCAUAGUGGAAAUCUAAUGACAAGUGCCUUCCUUUUUGCCCUUUACAAGGGUAAAACCUAGUAUUUAC